AUCCCUCUGCCCUGCCUCAGUGCCUCCCCCUGCGACACGCGCACACGCUCGUCCUCUCCUCGUCGCGUCCGAUCGUCAACGGUCGAAGCCAUGGGAGGAAGCCAGGAGCCGGAGGCUGGCGGGGGCAAGGCGGGCUACUCCUCCUCCGGCCUCCCGCCGUCGUCGCCGCCGCACCUGCAGGACCAGCCGCCCCAGCAGUACCAGCACGGGUACGGCACGUUCCAGAGCCCUCAAGCUGGGUCGGGCGAGUCCCGGCAGCCGCCUGUCGGGUUCCCGCAGCCCGCCCCGCCUCCCGGCUUCGGCGGCGGCGGAGGCUAUCACCAGCAGCUGCCGUACGCGCCCGCGGAGCCGUACUACGCACAAGGGUACCAGGCCGUGCAAGGGUAUGACCCUGUUGUUGAAGGAAGACCAGUGAGAAUGCGGCGCCUUCCAUGUUGUGGUCUUGGCUUAGGCUGGUUUCUGUUUAUCACUGGGUUUUUCCUUGCUGCCAUUCCAUGGUAUAUUGGAGCUUUUGUCCUAAUCUGUGUACGGGUACAUGAGCACAGAGAGAAACCAGGAUAUGUUGCUUGCACAAUUGCUGCUGCAAUUGCUGCUGUUGCCAUCCUCCUGGGAGUAACCAAAGGAACACACGUAUGGUGAGCUGCCUCGGAGAUUCGGCAAUGAUCCAGGGUCACUCACCGCUGUAUUACUUGUAUUGUUUACUGUAUAUCUAUGUAUUAUACUACAAAAGUGGAGCAGCUUCGAUGUACUGUUAUAUCGAUAUUGCUUCUACCAUGUAAUAAAAUGAUAAAAAUACAAUAUAUUUCUCGCAGAA